CAAUUAAAAAUCUGUUCUCCACAACUUCUUUACGGUACUAAGCUCAGCUUUACUUUGGUCAGCCCAUAGCAGAGUUUAUUUAAGGGUCUUAAAGAACCCAGUUCAAAGUGGUUGAGUAGCUCUAGUUUCAAAGUUGGUAAUGGCUCUACAGGCUGCUGCUUUGGUUCCAGCUGCUUUCUCUGUUCCCAAAGAGGGAAAGUCUAGUGCAUCUUUCAAGGAUUCAAGUCUGUUUGGAGUUUCACUCUCAGACCUUGUCAAAGCUGACUUCAGCUCCUCUGCAUUAAGAUGCAAGAGGGAAUUUAACCAAAGAACUGGAGCAGUGAGGGCCCAGACUACAGCUACUGCUACUCCAGCAAUCAGCAGAUCUGCAAUGGAUGGAAAGAAAACUCUAAGAAAGGGUAGUGUUAUCAUCACUGGUGCCUCCUCUGGAUUGGGUUUAGCCACGGCUAAGGCCCUGGCUGAAACUGGGAAAUGGCAUGUUAUCAUGGCCUGCAGGGACUUUCUCAAGGCUGAGAGAGCUGCAAAAUCUGCUGGCAUGUCUAAAGAAAACUACACAAUUAUGCACUUAGAUCUUGCCUCGCUUGACAGUGUCCGCCAAUUUGUGGACAGUUACAAGCGAUCAGGCAGGCCUCUUGAUGUUCUUGUUUGCAAUGCUGCUGUUUACCAGCCAACUGCUAAGGAACCCUCAUUCACUGCUGAAGGAUUUGAGCUUAGUGUGGGAACUAACCAUCUUGGUCACUUCCUUCUUUCCCGGUUAUUGCUUGAUGACCUGACGCAAUCUGAUUAUCCAUUGAAGCGUCUCAUUAUUGUUGGUUCUAUUACAGGAAACACGAAUACGUUGGCUGGAAAUGUACCUCCGAAGGCCAACCUUGGGGAUCUAAGGGGACUUGCAGGGGGACUAAAUGGGCUGAACAGCGCUACCAUGAUUGAUGGUGGAGAUUUUGAUGGUGCCAAGGCCUACAAGGACAGCAAAGUCUGCAAUAUGCUCACCAUGCAAGAAUUCCAUAGGCGCUUCCAUGAGGAAACUGGCAUCACAUUCGCUUCCCUUUAUCCAGGUUGCAUUGCUACCACAGGCUUGUUCAGGGAACACAUUCCCUUGUUCAGACUUCUCUUCCCUCCAUUCCAGAAGUACAUCACCAAGGGCUUUGUCUCUGAAGAGGAAGCUGGGAAAAGACUUGCUCAGGUUGUGAGCGAUCCUAGCUUGACAAAAUCUGGUGUUUACUGGAGCUGGAACAAGGAUUCGGCUUCAUUUGAGAACCAGUUGUCUCCUGAAGCGAGUGAUCAGGAGAAAGCACGCAAAAUAUGGGAGCAGAGUGAGAAACUUGUUGGCUUGGCCUAAUUUAGAGCCUUGAGGUGCUUGCCUCUAAAACUUUGCUUGCGGGAGAGCUUUGAUAUUGGCGAAAAUCCAGCCCAUGGAUGAGUUUAGAUUCUGGAUUUAGAUGGUGUGCUGUUGUAAACAUUCUUCUUUUGUAGGUGUAGGUGACUUUGUGAGUUACUGUUGACAAUAAAAUUACUCACCCCGGUUGCAAAGCUCAA